ACCAACAGGCUGGAGAGCUCAGGUCCCGCCUCAGAGACUGAUUAGCUUUUCACUAACGAUCCAAUAGUGAGAAGAGUGACUAAGAAAUAUAAACAGAAAAUGCUGGAAAUGCUCAGAAGUGUAUGUGGAAAGAGAAAUAGAGUUAACGUUUCAAGUGGAAGAUCUUUCAUCAGAAUGGGGAAUUAAACAAGCCAGCUGGAGAAGGAUUCGGUUGCUUUAUUCCACACAAACAUGGCCACGCAUUUUUUUGAGGAGAAGGAACAUGCUACUCUGUAUCAGAAAUACAGACCCUUUGCAUCUACUGAAAUUAACGACCUCAUCCUCAAGUACCUGGAGAAAAAGAAGGGGAAACCAUUCAGCCUUGCAGUGGAUGUGGGUUGUGGCUCAGGCCAGAGUUCCAGGGGACUGGCUCCUUUCUUUGACAAAGUGGUUGGAAUUGAUGUGAGUGAAGCUCAGAUUGAAGAGGCCAAGAAGAUGCGUGGACUUGAUAAUGUUUCGCAUAGACAGGGUGUGGCAGAGAAGCUGGAUUUCAAGGAUGCUUCUGUUGACCUGGUGACAGCAGCAGCAGCAGCACAUUGGUUUGAUAUGGAGAAGUUUAUGAAGGAGGUUGACAGGGUUCUAAAACCGAAAGGCUGCGUGGCUCUCCACUGCUACCAACUUCCAUUUGCCAUACAUUAUAACAACUGCUCCGAGCAUCUGACUCAGAUUAUGGAAGAGAUGUUCAAGACACUUGUACCCUAUGAGAGUGAAAGAAGACAGAUUGUUCGGAAUAAAUACAAAGAAAUAUUUGAAGCUAUCACAUUCUUUGACAAAGAGAGAGUUGAUAAUAUUCUAAUCAAGCAAGAAGUAUCUAUCUCAUGGGCCAUGGGUUUUAUUGAAUCCUUAUCUUACUACCAAACAUUCCUGAAGAAAGAUCCAGAAGCAGCUAAAUCCUUACUUGAAAGAACAGAGCAAAAACUUCUGAAAGCUAUGGGAGUUUCUUCGGGUGAUACUGUGGUGGAAAUCAGAAUGAAUUCUUUCUGUCUGCUGGCCAGCAAACCAGAGUGAGAGCCACAAACGUGGAUUUGCUGUUCUCAGGCCAUUCGUGUCAAAAGAUAAUCCCAGUUCCCUUGAACAUUUCACAAACAAGCCUUGGUAGAUCCUAGUGUGAGCACAGACAACAUUCACGAUGCAUUAAAUGGAUAUGGGAAGAAAUCAAAGUGGGGGUGAUGUUCAUCUUCAGCACAAGGCACAAACAGGCAAUAUUGGAUCGAUCAACUGUCACAAAUUCCAGCUCAUUCACUUGUCCAUUGCGAAGGAAGAAGAAAGGAGUUUCAACUCCCCCAAGUGUUAAGAUUUUGGUGUGACACAUACUGCAUAUUUCUGGUUCUUUACAAAGGCCAAGUGGCUUGCAAUUCAAGGUACAUUUGUGAACAGAUACAGUAUAAGACAGGGUUUUCCAAUCUGUUAGGAUUUUGUUGUAAUUUUAACUACCCACUGAGGAAGGGCACUCCACAGUCCCAGUGGAAAUGCCGCAGGUUAGGAGGAGAGCUGGAGGGCACGCCAGAACCUAGCAAGGAGGCUUAAUCUUGGUUGCUCCAAGAUUCCCGCACCUGCCACAAAAUCCUCCAAUAAAAUAACCCAAUAUGCAAUCAAAAUCUAUCCAUGAGCCUCUUUCUGGAUGUUUCUAUUUGUGGAAUAUUCAGCCCAUGAGAAUUAUGCAGAUUGGCAAUAUGCACCCCCCCACCCCCCCAAUCAUACCUAUUGCCCUCCCCCUUUCCUGCAUGUUUGCCUCUUCUCUCCCUGCUUGAUUUUUUCCAUCACCCACACCUCUCAAUCCUCACACAAAUCUCAACUUCACCUUCUCGCCCCACCUCAUCCUUGACCUUCUUCCACACUAUCCAAUCCCCAUUUUGACCUUGUUAGAAGGGAACAUGUGGUGCAAUUUGACAGUUGGUUGAUCCCAAGCCGUUGAUCUUUUCACCCUGCCAAAUUUGAACAUUACCCCAUAUAUGUUAUUUCACAAUUCACAGAAUUUGAAGUUGAAAGCUGAUUGUAUUCACCUUGAUACUUAAUGCUCUUUCGCUGUUAAAUGACUGACAUGUUCAGGAAUCAAAACAGGAAUCAAAACUUCAAAAAAAUGAUUAUGCUGCUCUUAAGAGAAUGCUCUCUGCACAUGCCUGAUACAUAUUUAUGUUCUGUAAUUUGAUCUUUUAUUGUAUAAUUUAUAAUUUGAGAGUUUUUGUUCUUAUAGCAGUUGAGUGGACUUUGUUUUCUGUGGCUUCCUUUCUGUCCUCCCAUCACCAUUACCUCAUUUGAUUUAAACCCAUUGCUUGAACCUUUGACUGGAUGAUUUGCUACAUUGCCUUUUAUGAAUAGACACAUCAAUGAUUGAACCAGGCUCUUAAAGGAUCAGAAGGCAAUUAUUCUCUCAAGCCUGUUAGAUCACAGCAUGCCUGUACUUUAACCCCAUUUACCCAUCUUUGCCUUUAUCCUGUGAUACACUAACCCAGAGAUCUCCAACCCAAGUAGUAAGAGCCAUUUUUUCACACUUAUAUUUGAUCAUAGGUGCAGUGUAUUGAGAGCUUCAAUGUAUGUUAUCUCCGUUUCCCAGGACAGAGAACUAGUAUUUUCUAGAUCAGGGACACAUAGCAAUCUUUUCAGGGAAGGCCAAAUUUACAAUCCAAACCACUUCUAAGGCCCACUCAUAUUUUAGCUGUGCAUAACCAGCUACUAAUAAUUUUACUCAUGCUUAGGGCCACAAAUGCCACAGUUCCUCUAACUCCAUGUAGUCACUGCUCCAGUCACUGAACUCGCACUGUUCUCUUUGCCACAUCUACAGCGCUCCUCUCUACUCAACCUAUGAUUUCCUCAUCUCCCAUAAAAGAGAAACUGCUGAAAAUGAUUAUUAAGUCAGAUAGUAUCAGUGGGGAGAGAAACAGUCAACUUCUCAGGUUGAUUAGAAAUUUCAAUUUAGGUUUCUCCUAGUUAAAAAAAGGAGUGAGGUUCCUGUAAUAAACACUCAGAGUGACUCCUGCGGACUGAACAGAGGUGCUCUGCAAAACAUUAAUUGAUUCUGUGUUUGGUUUCUCCAUUGUGAACACCAAAUGCAGUACACUAUACUGAAAGAACUUCAGUUGAAUCACUGCUUCAUCUGGAAAGACUGUUAGGGUCCCUGGCUGGUGGGGAGGGAAGAGGAGAAAAGACAGGUGUUGCAACUCCUGUGGUUGUAUGGGAAAGUGCCAUCAGAUGGCGAGUGAUUGGUGGGAACGACCAUGACUGAUUGUGAUCUAAUUCUAACUGUUAUUACUGCUGUUACAUUAACUCAUUUGGUGUCACCUAUUGGAGAUAUUCUCUUUGUUCGUCUCAUUUCUCCUCCACCUUCUCUGCUACUGAAAGCUAACUUGGUUUCUCUCUUUCCCAGUUCUGAUGAAGGGUCCUGGACUUGAAAUGUUGACUGUUUCUCUUUCCACAGAUGCUGUCUGACCUGCUGAGUGUUUCCAGCAAUUUCCACCAGUGCUGUCCCCAUUGUUAUAGUGUGGCAGACCUUUUCCCACAACUACUACAUCCCAGCGUUUUAAAAUGAUAGACCUGUGCCCAGAACUCCAAUACCUGUGUUAUAUAGUGGUCGACCUGUGUCCACCAGUACAGUACAUCUGCAUCUAGAGCUGAAUAAGGACUUGGAUCUGUAUUUGAGUCCAGCUUGGGCUAUGAGUCUCUAUUCCCUGGGUAUCACUGCUCUGGUCCUUGAUUCCAGGCCUAAUUAACAGAUCAAGGUAAUUUUGUGUAGCCUUCUCAAAUGCUAGCCACUCUAGAAAGUUACACUUUAAGCAGAUUUUAGAAAUUCAGCACAUUGAAACAUUACAAAUAUUUUCUUUUUAAAUUUGGUAUGUAAAAUAAUUUUAGAUCACUUCUACAAACUGUGACCUGCUAUGAAAUUAUAUAAGUGAAGGUCGUGGUAACGAGUUCAUUUUGCAUUGAAGCUAAGAUAUACUUAAUGAGAAAAGGUCAUUUAGAGAAUUGACCUGGAGGUGUAUUGAGAGCAGAAUUGGUGCAGUGAACUGAUAUUCCACAGGAAACCUAGAAAUUCAUUUGGUGGUAGUCUAACUCAGCCGCUUUAUCAUAGUUUCCCUUCCAUCUUUCUGUUGCCCCACUGCCUCUAGUCAGUACAUCAGAUCCUGCCUUCUGUCCCACUGACCAAGUUCACACCUGGAUAGGGUCAGGUAACAGGAUGCUAACAUCUUCCAAAACCCAGAGGAUUGCAGCUGAAAGCAGGCAGGCAGGAACUGAGCAUUUCUCUCCAGCUGUUCUGAAGCCACAGGGCUGGACAACCUUGGAGCAGCGGAAGGGGAGAGGUAAAACAUUGCAGUUGUGCGUGAGUAUUCAUGCAUGUAUUUGAACAAAUGGUCUGUCCUGCAGUUUCUGUUCUUUCAUAUAAUCACAGAUUUUAUUUGCUUGUAUCACUUUCCAGUUUUUCCCAUUCUUAGGUGCUGGGUGGCAAGAUGCCUUUCAAUUUGCUUGAUAUACAGGAAAACAUGAAUUAUAGAACAUAAAACAUUACACCGCAGUACAGACCCUUCAGCCCACGAUGUUGUGUCGACAUUUUAUCCUGCUCUAAGAUCUAUCUAACCCUUCUCUCCCACAUAGCCCUCCAUUUUUCUAUCAUUCAUGUGGCUAUCUAAGAGUCUCUGAAAUGUCCCUACUGUAUAUGCCCCCACAACCUCUGCCGGCAGUGUGUUCCACACACCCACCACUCUCUAUGUAAAAUAACUUACCUCUGACAUCCCCCUUAUACCUUCCUCCAAUCACCUUAAAAUUAGGCCCCCUCAUGUUAGCCAUUUUCACCCUGGGAAAAAGUCGCUGAUUGUCCACUCGAUCUAUGCCUCUUAUCAUCUUGUACACCUCUGUCAAGUCACCUCUCAUCCUCCUCCUCUCCAAAGAGAAAAGCCCUAGCUCACUCAACCUAUCCUCAUAAGACAUGCUCUCCAAUCCAAGCAGCAUCCUGGUAAAUCUCCUCUGCACCCUCUCUAAAGCUUCCACAUCCUUCCUAUAAUGAGACAACCAGAACUGAACACAAUACUCCAAGUGUGGUCUAACCAGGGUUCUCUAGAGCUGCAACAUUACCUCAUGGCUCUUGAGCUCAAUACCCCGGCCAAUGAAGGCCAACACACCAUACGCCUUCUUAACAACCCUAUCAACCUGUGCGGCAAUCUUGAGGGAUCUAUGGACGUGGACCCCAACAUCCCUCUGUUCCUCCACACUGCUAAGAAUCCUGCUAUUAACCUUGUAUUCUGCCUUCAAAUUCGAUCUUCCAAAGUGUAUCAUUUCACACUUUUCUGGGUUGAACUCUAUCUGCCACUUCUCAGCCCAGGUCUGCAUCCUAUCAAUGUCCUGUUGUAAUCUACAGCAACCUUCUACACUAUCCACAACACCACCAACCUUCGUGUCAUCAGCAAACUUGCUAACCCACCCUUCCACAUCCUCAUCCAAGUCAUUUAUAAAAAUCACAAAGAGCAGCGGUCCCAGACCAGAUCCCUGUGGAACACCACUGGUCACCGACCUCCAGACAGAGUAUGCUCCGUCUACCACCACCCUCUGUCUUCAAUGGGCGAGCCAAUUCUGAAUCCACACAGUCAAGUUUCCGUGGAUCUCAUGCCUCCUAACUUUCUGAAUGAGCCUUCCAUGAGGAACCUUGUCAAACGCCUUACUAAAAUCCAUGUACACCACAUCCACUGCUCUACCUUCAUCAAUGUGCUUUGUCACAUCCACAAAGAAUUCAAUCAGGCUCAUGAGGCACGACCUGCCCCUCACAAAGCCAUGCUUACUGUUCCUAAUCAGGCUAUGCUUCUCCAAAUGGCCAUAAAUCCUGUCUCUGAGAAUCUUCUCCAGUAAUUUGCCCACCACUGAAGUAAGACUCACUGGUCUGUAAUUCCCAGGGUUAUCCCUACUCCCUUUCUUAAACAAAGGAACAACAUUUGCCACCCUCCACUCAUCUGGCACCACUCCUGUGGCCAAUGAGGACGCAAAGAUCAUCACCAAAGGUGCAGCAACCUAUUCCCUCAUUUCCCAUAAUAACCUUGGAUAUAUCCCGUCUGGCCCCAAUGACUUAUCUAUCCUAAUGCUUUUCAGAAGUUCCAGCACAUCCUCUUUCCUCAUGUCGACAUGCCCUAGCUUAUCAGCCUGUUGUAUGCCAUCCUCAUAAAUGUCAAGGUCUCUCUCACUAGUGAAUACUGAAGCAAAGUAUUCAUUAAAAUAACCUCCCCUAUAUUUAUCCCUGAUCGGUCCUACCCUCACUCUAGUCAUUGUCCUAUUCUUCACAUACGUGUAGAACGCCUUGGGGUUUUCCUUGAUCCUACUCGCCAAGGCCUUCUCAUGCCCCCUUCUAGUUCUCCUAAGUCCAUUCUUAAGCUCCCUCCUGGCUACCUUGUAACUCUCCAGAGCCCUGUCUGAUCCAUGCUUUCUAAACCUUAGGUAAGCUUCUUUCUUCCUCUUGACAAGAUGUCCUACAUCUUUUGUCAACCACAGUUCCAUCACUCUACCAUCCUUACCCUGCCUCAAUGGGACAAACCUGUCCAGAAGCCCAUGCAAAUGCUCCCUAAACAACCUCCACAUUUUGCUGUGCACUUCCCCAAGAACAUCUGUUCCUAAUUUACGCUCCCAAGUUCCUGCCUGAUGCAUCAUAAUUCCCCCUCCCCCAAUUAAAUACUUUCCCGUAUCAUCUGCUCCUAUCCCUCUCUGGUAAAGGUCAAGGAGUUAUGGUCACUGUCUCCAAAAUGCUCUCCCACCAAGAGAUCUGAAACCUGAUCAGGCUCAUUGUCUAGUACCAGGUCCAGUACGGCCUCUCCUCCAGUCAGCCUGUCCACAUACUGUGCCAGGAGUCCUUUCUGGACACACCUAACAAACACUGUCCCAUCUAUCCUCUUUACACUAAGGAGGUGCCAAUCAAUAUUAGGGAAGUUGAAAUCACCUAUGACAACAACCCUGUUACUUUUGCACCUCUCCAAAAUCUGCCUCCCGAUCUGCUCCUCAGUGUCUCUGCUGCUAUUGGGGGGUCUGUAGAAUACUCCCAAUAGAGUGAUCGCUCCCUUCCUGUUUCUAACUUCCACCCACACUGACUCAGUGGACAAUCCCUCCAGGACAUCCUCCUUUUCUACAGCUGUGAUACUGUCCCUGAUCAGCAAAGUGAGUUCCACAACUUCUUUUACCUCCACCCUGUCACUUUUGAAACAUCUGAACCCUGGAAUAUCCAGCAGCCAUUCCUGCCCUUGUGACAGCCAAGUCUCUGUAAUGGCCACCACGUCGUAGUUCCAUGUACUUACCCAUGCUCUAAGUUCAUCAGCCUUGUUCCUGAUACUUCUUGCAUUAAAGUAGACACACUUCAGCCCAUCCAACUGACUGCAAUUUUGCCCUUUCAACUGCCCAUCCUUCCUCACAGUCUUUCUAUACCCACUGCAUCUACUUGUACACUAAAUGCACCAACCUCUGACCUAUCACUCUGGUUCCCAUCCCCCUGCCGAACUAGUUUAAACCCUCUCCAACAGCUCCAGUAAACCUGCCCACAAGAAUAUUGGUUCCCCCUCCUGUUCAGGUGUAACCCAUUCCUUUUGUACAGGUUGUACCUUCCCCAGAAGAGAUCCCAAUGAUCCACAAAUCUGAAACCCUUCCCCCUGCACCAACUCCUCAGCCACGCAUUCAUCUGCCAAUUCAACCUAUUCUUACCUUCACUGGUGCGUGGCACAGGCAGCAAUCCGAAGAUUACUACCUUUGAGGCCCUGCUUUUCAGCUACCUAUCUAGCUCCCUAUAUUCCCUCUUCAGGACCUUAUCUCUUUUCCUACCUAUGUCGUUGGUACCAAUAUGUACCACGACCUCUGGCUGUUCGCCCUCCCCCUUCAGAAUGCUGUGGACCUGAUCAGAGAUAUCCCUAACCCUGGUAUCCAGGAGGCAACAUACCAUGUGGGAGUCUCUUUCACGGCUACAGAAUCUCCUGUCUGCACCCCUCCCCCUUACUAUUGAAUCCCCUAUCACUACCAUUCUCCUCUUCUCCCCCUUCUUCUGUGCCACACAAUCAGGCUCAGUGCCACAGACCUGGGCACUGCGGCUUUCCUCUGGUAGCUCAUCCCCUCAACAGUAUCCAAAGCGGUAUACCUGUUAUUGAUGGUAUAGAUGGGGUUACAUGAAGAAGGAUGUGUGGUUACUCAUGUAGAUCUUAAACACUGGAUCUGUUAAAUACAACUUCAUUAGGAAAUUAUGCGUCUGGCUGCUUCCAUUGACCCAGCAGAAUGUUCUGCCCCAUCUUGUGAUGUUCUUUCAUUCUUGUGUCAAGGAAGCAACACAAUGUGUCCCACAUAUCAGUAGUUGCAGAAAUGCCUUUGGGUUUCCUGACUACCCCCACAACCACUGCAUUUCUGUACCUUGUAUUGCCUUCCUCUGUAGUACGUUAUGCUGCAGCAUUGUUGGUUCACUCUGUACACAUUCCUGGAUGAUCCCUGCAUUGUGUUCUCUUUCUACAAGCUGGACUCCACAAUUGCACUGAACUAUCCCUUGUUGCAGAAAACUUGAUCCAGGAAAUUUUCAGUCUACCAUAUGGUGUGCAAUGUCUCCUGCCACUCAUUAAGUUUAACUGCAGCAUCCUGAAGUUGUAACUAGCAGUUAUCAGGUUUAUUCCUCUCCACAUUAUUAAAUAAAAACUUAUUUAUUUAAUAAGUUACCUAGAGCCUAGCACUGUUCUCAGGAGAGCACUUAAAAAAAAACCUUGAGCAUAUUUUCUACUCAAACAAGCCUGAUAACUUCUUACUGCCUGAUGGCAUUUCAUGUGCUAAAGUUUCAAGAAUGCACUUCAUGCAGAAUUUACAAUUAAGUGUUCUCAUGUUCACGUAUGAAUUAGGAUCUGAACCUCUAUCUUGACAACAAUGCAGUAUAAUAAAACUUACAACCCAUUUGCAAUCUUCAAUCACCAUUUAUUCUGCAGUCCAUCCUUGAAUUCUGAAUUCCCAACUUAUGGAUUCCCGGAGAUACGAACAAGCUCCCACAAUAUUAUUAAAUUCAAAAGUCCGACAUAUGUACGUAUGUUGCUCCUAUAUAUGGCAGAACUAGUUUCCUCACUCCACUUUCAGUAAUUGUUCUUUCUUUUCAGUCUUUGGUGCUAUUCAUUACAACACUAUGGAUGGAUGGUUACCAUAUCGAGUGAUUUUUCUACAGUGUCCAACAAAAUUGACAUAAGGAUGUCUGUAAAAAUGGAAUCCAUUCGUAAUGCAGGAACAGGCUGUACAUUGGAAGUCUGUUGAUUUGAGAGUCAGUAUCAAUUAGAAAGAAAGUGGGAUCACUCACUCCUUUUUUCCUGAUAGUCUUCAAUAUGCAUUUAAUUAUGACAGAUUGUACAAUGGCUACUUGCACCAAUUGAAUGAGAUGGGAAUAUUGACCAGCAACUGAGGACUAGAAAUUAGGGGGCUCCAAUUUUGAUUUUCUGCCCUGCAUCGCAGGAACCACGUUAAUUAACAUCAGAAGCCGUUUGCUGCUGAAACUUUCAUUCGUUAUGUUCAGCCUAUUCCAGAUUUCUUUAGCUGGCUUUC